AAUCUACCCCUAAACCGUUUAACAAACAACCCCAAAUCGCAAGAUACGGAUUACGCCCAAUCGCAAUCUUCAAAUCUUAUUCUCCCCGCGUUUUGAUGCGUUCAUAAUUCACACUCCUCCGCCUUCUCUCUUAUCGCCGGCGUUAAAUGUCAGAGCCUACUCCGGUCAUCCUCUCCGACGACGAUGAACCGCAUAACGAGGACUCAUUUGCAUCUCCAUGCCCCGCUUUCUGCAAAAGACUACGAACGGAGUCCUACAAUCGCCGUACAGUUUUCGUGAUUGAUGAUGAUCCAACGCCUCAGAAGAAAUCAGGGUCUGGGGCGACGCCUUUACUUGUUCCAGAAACUCCUUUAUCUGAAAUGAUGCCUCCACAAGUAGGGAUUUUCAGGUGCAAUAAAUUAGAUAAUCUCAAAACUAGGGUUCCAUCAAAAACUGACCACAAAGAUCGUGGAAUUGACGAUGCAAUAUGCCUCGAGUCUGAUAGUGAAUCUGAGCAUAGCACUCUGAGAGUUAGCAUGGAGCAGAAUAAAACAUCCUUUUCCUCUAUUGAGGCAAACGAUUCAGUUUCUGACCAUGGAUAUAUAGAAUCUACAUCUUUUCUUGGUAAGUUGUCAAAAAUAUUUUCUGGACUGGCAAUAAUAAAUGACAAUAUUUCUGAUAUAUUUGCAGGAGUUGUGAAGGAGUCUAUAGAAGGAGAUGAUGGUUUAGUGCACAUGUAUAGUGAUAAUGGUUUGAAUGAUGUUGUUCAGGAACUAGAUUUUGGUGAAAUAUACGGUAAGGAGCAAGUAGAUGAUGUCUCAAAAUGGGGGAAUACAUGCCAAUCUACUGAAGAGAAUGAAAAGACUGUGGAUGUAGUGACUAAACCAAAAGGAAAGCGUAUGACCAUGGAGGAAAGAACACAUCUGAAGGAAGAAAAGAGACGGAAAAAGGAAGAAGAAAAGUUGCAAAAAGCAGCUCUGAAAGCUGAGGCUGCAGAGAUGAAGAAAUUAGACAAAGAAAAGCAAAAGUGGGAGAAGGGGAAGUUUGCUGUCCAAUCUAUUGUGGCUGAAAUUGAUACCGAGGUUGUUGAAUUGGGAUCAAUAGGAGGGCAUCUACUUACAAGAUUUGCAGAAAAGGGUGUUACAUAUCGAAUAAAAUCAAAUCCAAUAAAACGAUCGAUAUUGUGGAGCAUGACGGUUCCUGAACAACUUUCACAGGUUCCAACUGACCGAAUUGAAAUUCCUUAUAUUUUAUUUGUAUACGACGCUGAUGACUUUUGCAAGUUUGUUUCAAAUCAAUCCCUGAUGGAUCAUGCUUCCUUUGUCCGGAGUCGUUAUUCUUCUCAUACAGUUUGCUACGUCACAAAUAGGUUGAGGACUUACAUUAAUAAAAGGGAACAGGCUCAUUAUAAGAAUCCCAUGGACAGUUGGAGACAACCACCUGUUGAAGAGGUGCUUUCAAAUUUAACUACAAACUUUGCUAAGGUGCAUUCAAGACAUUGUAUAGAUGAGGCAGAGUUAGCUGAACAUGUUGUCAGUUUAACCAGUAGCUUGGCCUCUUGCCAGUUCAGGACCAAGUUAACGCGUCUGUCUGUUAAUGCUAAUGGAAAUGUGAUCCCCAAAGAUUGUGCUGACAAGACUUCGUUUAAAAAGAGUUUCUGGUUAAAAGCAUUGGUGGCUAUUCCGAAAGUGCAACCUCGUUUUGCCAUAGCCAUUUCUAAGAAAUACCCCACAAUGAGAUCUCUGCUAGAGGUUUAUAUGGAUCCUACUAAGUCAGUGCAUGAGAAAGAGUUUUUGCUAAAGGACUUGAAUACGGAAGGGUUAACUGGGGAGGACAGGAGGUUGGGAGAAAUAUGUUCAAAGAGAGUUUACAGGGUUUUAAUGGCUCAAAGUGGAAACAUUACUACCGAUGACAUUGAAGAUGGUGCCGAUUUCUUUGUUUCAUGAUUCCAACAUAUUUGUUGCUUGUUGUUUUUUGAAACAAUAUGUUUUGGAUGCUGAAAUUGCACUCUUUAUUUAUUAGGGUUACAUUUUAAAAGAAACUUUACAAGAAAGUUCUUG